AUGAAGGCCAUAUAUAAUACGCGAGAUCGGCUACCCCAAACUCUCGACAGAGCUACUACUGGUAAGAGCACGGCUACUAUAAGAAAAUUCUGCGAGGAGCACUCAUCAAUACCGAGGGACGAAGGAACUGCAUACUGCAUCGGCUUCGAUACUGGCGAUCUCACUUACUUCGCAUUUUCCUGUCCGUCGCUUCUACUAGCCAAUGCCCAAGGUCCCGAAUUGGUGAUAACUUGCGACCACACAGAUGGUCUCUGUUGGCUCGGCCUAGUAACCCUCAUCAUAGGGAGCAUUAAUCCUAAAGGAGAAUUCAAGACUGUCUGCUUCGCUCUCACCACCAAUAAGAAGACCAAGUCGACUGCUGCCAUAUUCGACUGUGUGAAGCUGGCAGUAGUGGCCCUUGGUGCCACCAAGGGCCACCAAGUUGGUGGGAAUAUGGAGCCUAGGACCAUCGUCGCCGAUGGCGCAGAAUACUUCACCAAGGCAUAUGAACGAGUAGCAUACAAGAAACUGUCGCCCAGGGAGUCUCCAUUCAGGUAUUCGGCCCAAUAA